UCCGUAAAAUGUCUGCGACGUAAAUCAGUAUGUGACGUAGUAAUCUUGCGACGCACAUGUGAGCGUGAAGUGGUGAAGAGAUGGCUUCGGAGAGAUUACAGUUUCAUGAAAUGGGCCUAGACGACCGUCUUUUAAAGGCGGUCGCAGAUCUGGGUUGGUCCCAUCCCACACUGAUCCAAGAGAAGGCUAUUCCUUUGGCCCUGCAGGGGAAAGACCUGCUGGCUCGAGCUCGGACUGGUUCUGGAAAGACGGCUGCUUAUGCGAUCCCUCUCAUACAGCGUAUCCUGGACUCUAAGCAGAGUGUUCGUGAACAGGAGGUCAGAGCUCUGAUCCUGGUGCCGACAAAAGAGCUGGGUCGCCAGGUUCAGACCAUGAUAAGACAGCUGGCCACCUACUGCCUGAGGGACGUGCGAGUGGCUGACAUCUCAGGAAAGGCAGAUUUGUCUUCACAAAGACCAAUCCUCAUGGAGAAGCCUGAUGUUGUUGUGGGGACACCGUCCCGUGUGUUAGCUCACCUCAACGCCAAGAACCUGGUGCUGAAUUCUUCCCUGGAGACUCUGGUGGUGGACGAGGCCGACUUGCUCUUCUCUUUUGGGUUCGAGGCUGACCUGAAGAACUUGUUAUGUUAUUUGCCAAAGAUCUAUCAGUCCUUCGUGAUGUCUGCCACUCUCAAUGAUGAGGUUCAGGCCCUGAAGGAGCUGCUGCUGCACAACCCGGUCGUUCUGAAGCUGCAGGGCUCUCAGCUGCCAGACAGCAGCCAGCUGCAGCAGUACAGCAUCAAGUGUGAGGAGGAGGACAAGUUCCUGCUCAUCUACACACUGUUAAAGCUGCAACUGGUGCGGGGCAAGACGCUGAUGUUUGUUGGAACGGUGGACAGAAGUUACAGACUAAAACUGUUCCUGGAACAGUUCAGUAUUCCUGCCUGUGUGCUCAACUCGGAGCUGCCAAUUCAGUCAAGGUGUCACAUCAUUACCCAGUUCAACCAGGGAUUUUAUGACUACAUCAUCGCCUCAGAUGAACAGAGUCUGGCUGAUCCCACUCCAGCCGCUCAGACUGCAUCCAGCAAAGGGAAGAAGACGCCAGCAGGGAGAGGAGCAAAGAACAAAGACAAGGAGUACGGUGUCUCCAGAGGAGUGGACUUCCAGAAUGUUGCCAGCGUCAUCAACUUUGAUUUCCCCUCAUCUGUGGAGUCCUACAUUCACAGGGUUGGAAGAACGGCAAGAGCAGACAACCCCGGCACCGCUCUGUCGUUCAUCUCGCACACGGAGCUUGGGCUGCUGGCUGAAGUGGACCAGGCUCUAGCAGGAGAUAACGGACAGAGUGUUCUAAAACCAUAUGCGUUUAAGAUGGAAGAGAUUGAAGGCUUCAGGUACAGGUGCAGGGACGCCAUGCGCUCAGUGACGAAGCAGGCAGUGAAGGAGGCCAGGCUGAAGGAAAUCAAACAGGAGCUGCUCAAUUCAGAAAAACUCAAGACUUACUUUGAGGACAAUCCCAAAGACUUGCAGCUGCUCAGACACGACAAAGACCUCCAUCCUGCUGUGGUGAAACCCCACCUUAAGAAUGUCCCUGACUAUCUGGUUCCUGAGUCUCUAAAAGGAGUGAUUAAUACACUGUCCAGCAGACGGAAAAGGAGAAGGAAGGAAAUGUCCAAACCUGGAGGAGUCAUUAAGCCUAGUUUUAAGAGUAACAGCAGGGGAGCAAAUCCACUGAAGAGCUUCAAAUACAACAAAGGCCGAGGCAGGAAAGGCAAAACAAAUAAGUCAUAGCAGCAGCUGCAGGAAAGAAGAAGAUGAACUUCAGUGGCUGAAAACGGUGCAGACAUUAAACCCAGAGAGACAACCGUUGUCCACCAUUGAUGGACCAGCUGAGACAACCAGUAGAGGUUUUAACUGACCACAGUGGACCUGGACUGGAUCUAUGGAGAAAGAGGAGAAAGUCUUCUGGCUUUAGUCAAAGCCCAACAACUGAUAUUAAUGUCUGCAAAAAAAGCUUUUCAUGUUUUAUUCCUACUUCACCUUCUUUGUUGUGUUGUAAAAUAAAUUUAAUUACUUUCUCACA